AUGGCUCCUCGUAAAUCCCUCAUCGACGCAGUUCAAUCCCUGUUGUCCGCCCUCACAACCCCGUCCACGCCAAAGUCAACCCUCCUCUCAACAUUCACAACCAAUCCACCUCCCCUAUGUUUCGAACACGGCCUCCCCCAACUAGCCCCUUUCCUAGGCCGCUCUUUCACGGGCCAAGAAGGUAUAAGCCACUACUUUGAUCUACUAUCCCAACACCUUAAUAUCCAAAACAUGAACUUCGAACUCGACACUGCCUGGGUUGUCGACGAGGUCUCGAUGACCGUUUGUCUACGCGGGAACGCAAAGUUCGUAUGGAAAUCUACCGACCAAGCGUGGGAUGAAACGUUCAUUUAUCGCAUUGUUGUUGCGGAGGAUGCAGGCAAGGGCUUGAAGGUUCAGGAGUAUAGGGUUUGGGCGGAUACGGGGGCGGCGUAUCUAGCUAGACUUGGACGGUUGGGGUUACUAGUGACUGUGGGUGAAAUGGAGAAUCCAGAGGGGGUGCAUGUUACGGAGGAUGUGGACGGGGCGAAGAUGUGCGGGUAG